AUGAUGAGAUGUGUCUCCAUGUUUCUAUUAACUCUUCUGCUCACUAUUCAGGUCAUUCCGGUGAAAAAUUUAUUUGAAGACUUGAAAAUUCAAAUAAACAGAUUUGGUCGGACAAUAUAUAUUUCAAGUGAAAAGUCUGGUGAAAUGAUGCCUGGAAUCAUAGUGAAUACUUCAUUAGGUCAUGUAAUAAACUGGAAUGUUUCGGAUAAUAUAAUACCUCUUCAUGCGAUAUAUUGUAAACCUUUCAUUGUUCAAAUCAGUUUUAAUGGAACAAUAUUAAGUACGAGUACUUUUAACAUUACACCAGAAGAUGGGAAACUAGAGGGUAGUUGGAAACAAUAUGCACUGACCGACAACAAAACUGGAACAGUAACUCACUACUGCAGUUUUGAAACUUUAACUGGAAGUGAUUGUAAACUUUCUGUUGUUGGCAGUUAUCAAAACACUGCUGGCCGAUGCACAUACAAGAGAGGAAGUGGGGAUUCAUCAUUAAAUUUUUUGAAAUCAAAUACAUCUUAUACUCUUCAAUGCUUAGAUCACUCCGGUUACACCGAAGUCAGCUCUAUACCACAUAACAUUGGCAAUGAUCAAAGGAAUAUUUUUCUUGAAAAUCUUCAUAACUCUCAACUCCCAGAUCCCGAUGAAGAAGACAGGUGUCCAACUGAACAAGAUUUUCCCAAAGUGGAAGGCUUGACAGUCACUGCCAUUGCAGAAGGUUCAAUUCAUUUACUCAGUUGGAAUAAGAUAAGUGAGAAAUUCAGCGAGUGUCUAUCAUACUAUUUAUUGGUUCGCGUUCAUCGACGUCUAAAACCGAAGUUAAUUAUACUCUCAGUUAUGAAAUAUCGGGUUGAUGGACAUUUGAAUAAUAUAAUUAUGGACAUAUCAGAAGACCAAAAUUACAUUUAUAAAGUUAAGGCACUUUUCAAAAACUCCAUUAAAACCCAAUUUUCCGAGCGUGUUGAGAUCCAGACGCCAAAUGCAGUGAAUCAUAACUGCAGCUGCCUCCCAAGUGGUGUUCAUACAAACAAGACUGGUAUCAAAGUACCAGCUCUUGUAAUAGACAGAAGAGCCCAAAUUUCAUGA